GCGGGCUCGGGGCUGCCGGCGAGGCGUGUGAUUGGGUCUGACCCUCAGCCGGCUUGUCAGUUUCGCCGGGGGUAAGGGGGGCGCGGGAGGGGAGUGGGCGGAGGAGGGGGCUGCCCAGAGGCUCUCGUCCGGCCCACUGACGGCAUGAAGCCUUUAGGGGGACGCAGUCCUCUCAGAUUUUUGGUUGAAGCCCCUCAUCUGCCUUCAGUCUGAAGGCAGGGCCCCGCAGAGGACGGAUCGGAGGGUCCCGGCCGGCGGGGCCAAUCGAGAGGGAGAGGAGGGGGCGAGAGACAGGAAGGAAGCAAACCAUCAAAUUUAAAAGAAAAAGCCCUUUGACUUCUCCCCCUCUCCCUCCCCAAUGGCUGUGUAGCAAACAUCCCCGACGAUACCUUGGAAGGGAAGAAGUUGGUCUGCAAUCGCAAUUUCUUGGGUUGAGUUCACAGUUGUGAGUGCGGGGCUCGGAGAUGGAGCGGUGGUCCUCUAGGUGGAAAACGAAACGGUGGCUCUGGGAUUUCACCAUAACAACCCUCGCAUUGACUUUCCUCUUCCAGGCUAGAGAGGUCAGAGGAGCUGCUCCAGUUGAUGUACUAAAAGCUCUAGAUUUUCACAAUUCUCCAGAGGGGAUAUCAAAAACAACGGGCUUUUGCACAAACAGGAAGAAUUCACAAGGUUCAGAUACUGCUUACAGAGUUUCAAAGCAAGCACAACUCAGUGCCCCAACAAAACAGUUAUUUUCAGGAGGAACUUUCCCAGAAGAUUUUUCAAUAUUAUUUACAGUAAAACCCAAAAAAGGAAUUCAGUCUUUUCUUUUAUCUAUAUAUAAUGAGCACGGUAUUCAGCAAGUCGGUGUUGAGGUUGGGAGGUCACCUGUUUUCCUGUUUGAAGACCACACUGGGAAACCCGCCCCAGAAGACUAUCCCCUCUUCAGAACUGUUAACAUUGCUGAUGGGAAGUGGCAUCGGGUAGCAAUCAGCGUGGAAAAGAAAACUGUGACAAUGAUUGUUGAUUGUAAGAAGAAAACCACAAAACCACUUGAGAGAAGUGAGAGAGCAAUCGUUGACACCAAUGGAAUCAUGGUUUUUGGAACAAGGAUUUUGGAUGAAGAAGUUUUUGAGGGGGACAUCCAGCAGUUGUUGAUCGUAGGUGACCCAAAAGCAGCAUACGACUACUGUGAGCAUUACAGUCCAGACUGUGAUUCCUCGGUGCCCAAGGCCGCUCAGGCUCAGGAACCUCAGAUCGAGGAGAAAAAGAAAUCCACUUUCAAAAAGAAGACGAGGACAGUGGCCACUAACUCAAAGGAAAAGUCCAAAAAGUUUACACCCCCUAAAUCUGAAAAAUUUGCAUCCAAGAAGAAGAAAACUUAUCAAGCAGCAGCAAAAGCCAAACUAGGGGUAAAGGCAAAUAUUGUUGAUGAUUUUCAAGACUACAACUAUGGAACAGUGGAAAGUUACCAGACAGAAGCUCCCAGGCGUGUAUCUGGACCAAAUGAGCCAAAUCCAGUUGAAGAAGUAUUUACUGAAGAAUAUCUAACUGGAGAGGAUUAUGAUUCCCAGAGGAAAAAUUCCGAGGAUACACUAUAUGAAAAUAAAGGAAUAGACGGCAGGGAUUCUGAUCUUCUGGUAGAUGGAGAUUUAGGCGAAUAUGAUUUUUAUGAAUAUAAAGAAUAUGAAGAUAAACCAACAAGCCCCACUAAUGAAGAAUUUGGUCCAGGUGUUCCAGCAGAAACUGAUAUCACAGAAACGAGCAUAAAUGGCCAUGGUGCCUAUGGAGAAAAAGGACAGAAAGGAGAACCAGCAGUGGUUGAACCUGGAAUGCUUAUUGAAGGACCACCAGGACCAGCAGGACCUGCGGGUCUUAUGGGUCCUCCAGGUCUACAAGGCCCCACUGGACCCCCUGGUGACCCUGGCGAUAGGGGUCCCCCAGGACGUCCUGGCUUACCAGGGGCUGAUGGUCUGCCUGGUCCUCCUGGUACCAUGUUAAUGUUACCAUUUCGUUACGGUGGCGACGGUUCCAAAGGACCAACCGUCUCUGCUCAGGAAGCUCAGGCUCAGGCCAUUCUUCAGCAGGCUCGGAUUGCUCUGAGAGGCCCACCUGGCCCAAUGGGUCUAACUGGAAGACCGGGUCCUGUGGGGGGGCCUGGUUCAUCUGGAGCCAAAGGUGAGAGUGGUGACCCAGGUCCUCAGGGCCCUCGUGGUGUCCAAGGUCCGCCUGGUCCAACGGGAAAACCUGGAAAAAGGGGUCGUCCAGGUGCUGAUGGAGGAAGAGGAAUGCCGGGAGAACCUGGGGCGAAGGGGGAUCGAGGAUUUGAUGGACUUCCAGGUCUACCAGGUGACAAAGGUCACAGGGGGGAACGAGGUCCCCAGGGUCCUCCCGGUCCUCCUGGUGAAGAUGGAAUGAGGGGAGAAGAUGGAGAAAUUGGACCAAGGGGUCUUCCAGGUGAAGCUGGUCCACGAGGCUUGCUGGGACCAAGGGGGACUCCAGGACCUACAGGGCAGCCUGGUAUUGCCGGUGUAGAUGGCCCCCCAGGUCCAAAAGGGAACAUGGGUCCCCAGGGGGAGCCUGGACCUCCAGGGCAGCAAGGGAAUCCAGGACCUCAGGGUCUUCCCGGUCCACAAGGUCCAAUUGGUCCUCCUGGUGAAAAAGGACCACAAGGAAAACCAGGGCUGGCAGGACUUCCUGGUGCUGAUGGGCCUCCUGGGCAUCCUGGAAAAGAAGGCCAGUCUGGAGAAAAGGGUGCUCUGGGUCCUCCUGGUCCACAAGGUCCUAUUGGCUACCCUGGUCCCAGAGGAGUAAAGGGAGCAGAUGGUGUCAGAGGUCUCAAGGGCUCUAAAGGUGAAAAGGGUGAAGAUGGUUUUCCAGGAUUCAAAGGUGACAUGGGUCUUAAAGGUGAUAGAGGAGAAGUUGGUCAAGUAGGUCCAAGAGGAGAGGAUGGCCCUGAAGGCCCCAAAGGUCGAGCAGGUCCAACUGGAGACCCUGGUCCUUCUGGUCAAGCAGGAGAGAAGGGGAAACUUGGUGUUCCAGGAUUACCAGGAUAUCCGGGAAGACAAGGUCCAAAGGGUUCCACUGGAUUUCCUGGGUUUCCAGGUGCCAAUGGAGAGAAAGGUGCACGGGGUGUAGCUGGCAAACCAGGCCCUCGGGGUCAGCGUGGUCCAACGGGUCCUCGAGGUUCAAGAGGUGCGAGAGGUCCCACUGGGAAACCUGGUCCAAAGGGCACUUCAGGCGGUGAUGGCCCUCCUGGCCCUCCUGGUGAAAGAGGCCCUCAAGGACCUCAGGGUCCAGUUGGAUUCCCUGGACCGAAAGGCCCUCCUGGACCACCUGGGAAGGAUGGCCUGCCGGGACACCCUGGGCAACGUGGAGAGACUGGAUUCCAAGGCAAGACCGGCCCUCCUGGACCAGGGGGUGUUGUUGGACCACAGGGUCCAACUGGUGAGACUGGUCCAAUAGGUGAACGUGGACAUCCUGGCCCUCCUGGACCUCCUGGUGAGCAAGGUCUUCCUGGUGCUGCAGGAAAAGAAGGUGCAAAGGGUGACCCUGGUCCUCAAGGUAUCUCAGGGAAAGAUGGACCGGCAGGACUACGUGGUUUCCCAGGUGAAAGAGGUCUUCCAGGAGCUCAGGGUGCACCUGGACUGAAAGGAGGGGAAGGUCCCCAGGGCCCACCAGGUCCAGUUGGCUCACCAGGAGAACGAGGAUCAGCAGGUACAGCUGGCCCAAUUGGUUUGCCAGGGCGUCCAGGACCCCAGGGUCCUCCUGGUCCAGCUGGAGAGAAAGGUGCUCCUGGAGAAAAAGGUCCCCAAGGGCCCGCAGGGAGAGAUGGAGUACAAGGCCCUGUGGGUCUCCCGGGGCCUGCUGGGCCUGCCGGCUCGCCUGGAGAAGAUGGUGACAAGGGUGAAAUUGGUGAACCGGGACAAAAAGGCAGCAAAGGUGACAAAGGAGAAAAUGGUCCUCCUGGUCCCCCAGGUCUUCAAGGUCCAGUUGGUGCCCCUGGAAUUGCUGGAGGUGAUGGUGAGCCAGGUCCCAGAGGUCAGCAGGGGAUGUUUGGACAAAAAGGUGAUGAGGGUGCAAGAGGUUUCCCAGGACCACCCGGUCCCAUAGGUCUUCAGGGUCUGCCAGGCCCACCUGGUGAAAAAGGUGAAAAUGGAGAUGUUGGUCCCAUGGGUCCACCUGGUCCUCCAGGCCCAAGAGGCCCUCAAGGUCCCAAUGGAGCUGAUGGACCACAAGGACCCCCAGGAUCCAUUGGUUCAGUUGGUGGUGUUGGAGAAAAGGGCGAGCCUGGAGAAGCAGGGAACCCAGGGCCUCCUGGGGAAGCAGGCACAGGCGGUCCCAAAGGAGAAAGAGGAGAGAAAGGAGAAGCUGGCCCGCCGGGUGCUGCGGGGCCUCCCGGUGCUAAGGGACCCCCAGGUGACGAUGGCCCUAAGGGUAACCCGGGUCCUGUUGGUUUUCCUGGAGAUCCCGGUCCUCCUGGGGAACCUGGCCCUGCAGGUCAAGACGGUGUGGGUGGGGACAAGGGCGAAGAUGGAGAUCCUGGUCAACCGGGUCCUCCUGGUCCAUCUGGUGAGGCUGGCCCACCAGGUCCUCCUGGAAAAAGAGGUCCUCCUGGGGCUGCAGGUGCAGAGGGAAGACAAGGUGAAAAAGGCGCUAAGGGAGAGGCAGGAGCAGAAGGUCCUCCCGGAAAAACUGGUCCAGUUGGUCCUCAGGGACCUGCUGGAAAGCCUGGUCCAGAGGGGCUUCGAGGCAUCCCUGGCCCUGUGGGUGAACAAGGUCUCCCUGGAGCUGCAGGCCAAGAUGGGCCACCUGGUCCUAUGGGACCUCCUGGCUUACCUGGGCUCAAAGGUGACCCCGGUUCCAAGGGUGAGAAGGGACAUCCUGGUUUAAUUGGCCUGAUUGGUCCUCCGGGAGAACAAGGUGAAAAGGGUGACAGAGGCCUCCCUGGCACUCAGGGAUCUCCAGGAGCAAAGGGAGAUGGAGGAAUUCCAGGUCCUGCUGGUCCCAUAGGUCCACCUGGUCCUCCAGGCUUACCAGGUCCUCAAGGUCCAAAGGGCACCAAAGGCUCUACCGGCCCUGCGGGUCAGAAGGGUGACAGUGGCCUUCCAGGGCCUCCUGGGCCUCCAGGUCCGCCUGGUGAAGUCAUUCAGCCUUUACCAAUCCUGUCACCCAAAAAAACCAGAAGACACGCUGAAAGCCUGCAAGCAGAUGCAGGCGAUAAUAUUCUUGAUUACUCGGAUGGAAUGGAGGAAAUAUUUGGUUCCCUCAAUUCCUUGAAACAAGACAUCGAGCAUAUGAAAUUUCCAAUGGGUACUCAGACCAACCCAGCCCGAACUUGCAAAGACCUGCAGCUCAGCCAUCCUGAUUUCCCAGAUGGUGAAUAUUGGAUUGAUCCUAACCAAGGUUGCUCAGGAGAUUCUUUCAAAGUUUACUGUAAUUUCACGUCUGGUGGUGAGACUUGCAUUUAUCCAGACAAAAAAUCUGAGGGAGUGAGAAUUUCAUCAUGGCCAAAGGAGAAACCAGGAAGCUGGUUUAGUGAAUUUAAGAGAGGAAAACUGCUUUCCUAUUUAGAUAUUGAAGGCAAUUCCAUUAAUAUGGUGCAAAUGACAUUCCUGAAGCUGCUGACUGCCUCUGCUCGGCAAAAUUUCACCUACAACUGUCAUCAGUCAGUAGCCUGGUAUGAUGUGUCAUCAGGAAGUUAUGACAAAGCUCUUCGGUUCCUGGGAUCGAAUGAUGAGGAGAUGUCCUAUGACAAUAACCCUUACAUCAAAGCACUGUAUGAUGGCUGUGCGUCCAGAAAAGGCUAUGAAAAGACUGUCAUUGAAAUCAACACACCGAAAAUUGAUCAAGUACCUAUUGUUGACGUAAUGAUCAAUGACUUUGGUGAUCAGAAUCAGAAGUUUGGAUUUGAAGUUGGCCCUGUUUGUUUUCUUGGCUAAGAUUAGGACAAAGAACAUAUGAAAUCAACAGAAAAUAUACCUUGGUGCCACCAACCCAUUUUAUGCCACAUGCAAGUUUUGAAUAAGGAUAAUAUAGAAAACAACUGGCCAGUACAUAUGUACCAAUUAGGAAAUACUUAUGCCCUUGUGGGGACAGAAUCACAUGACAAAAGGUUUGAAAAUCAUAAAAAUAUAAGAUAGUGUGGCUGAGAUGGAAACAGGCCUUAUUUUUUAUUCCCAAUUUUCAUCUCUCUUUUUCCUAUUUGGAUUUCUUUGGUGCUGUAGAAAAAAAAAGAGAAAAAUAUAUAUUCAUAAAAGAUAUGGUGCUCAUUCCCAUCCAUCAAAGAUGUGCUAAAAUAGUGUGUUUAAUAAAUUGUAAUUAUUUUGUGUACAGCUCUAUACUGUUAUCUAUGUGUCCAUUUCCAAAACUUGCACGUGUCUCAGAAUUCCAUCUGACUCUAAUUUCAUGACAAUUGCAGAACUAUGAUGGCAAUAAAUAUAUGUAUGAUGAAAAAAUAAAGUUGCAAUUUCUCAAGACUCUAAUUUUCUUUCUUUGAUUAAUAAUAAAAUCCCUUUGUAUAUAUUGAUGUUGACGAGUUCAAUUAUUUGAUGUCGCCAACAAAUUUCUCAGAGGGCAAAAACCUGGAAGACUUUCGGAAGCACACUCCGAUCAACUCUUCUCUACUGACAGUAACUUUGCUGAAUUUCAGCCAGAAAUAUCAUGCAUUUUGAUGCUUUAUUCAAUGCUAUACCUCAACCUUUUUCUUUCUAGAGUCCAGGAUUUCACAGGAUACUUGUAUAUAUGGAAAACAAGCAAGUUUCUAUUUUUGGACAGGAAAAUGUGUAUGAGAAUUUUCACAAAGUGAUGCCUCCAUUAAGCAAACAAUCAGAUGUACAACUUUUUUAUUGCCUUGUCUCAUCUCAUUGUUUUCCAUGUGCUUCAGUCAUGCAGGUUAAUAUUAACAGAUGAAACUAAGCAAUUAUUUAUGGAUUUGUGCAUUGUUAGAUUUUUUAAUCAAUCAACUUCUUGAAUUUGAUUCUAUGUUGCAUAUUAUAAUACUCUCAAAUAUUAUUUUACCUGCAUCUGCCCAACAAAUAUUAUUUCUUUUCUUUAAGAUAAUAUCAUACAUUAUUUGACCUACCUAAUUGCUAAAUAACAUAUGGGUGGACUGUUAAUAACAGUGCUUGUUUUAAAACUCGUACUUAUUAAAAACAAUCAAAACAUUUUUUUCCACUAAGGUAUUUUCUUUCAGGUAGCUUGAAAUAGCAGUAAAAUUUAAAAAUUACAAACUGAACUUUGUAUCUAUUUUAAGUAAUAUAUGUAAGACUUGAAAUAAAUGUUUUAUUAUUCCUUAUAUGAAGUGUUAAAUUAAUUGUUACCAGACUCCACUGGAACAUUUUCAACUGAUAAUUUAUCAUGAAAGAGUAUACCUGUAAUAUUGAAAUUAAAACAUGAACAUUUGUCAUUCAGAAGUUCUUUUAUUUUUGAAAUCAAGUUUGUAAAUGUCCUUUAAAGAAGGGAAAUAUGAAUCGUAUAAAUAAACUCAAGUCUUGUCUA